CCGCUAGCGCCGUUUCGUAUUUGCCAGCCAUGUCUCACUCAGUGAGCUCCCAUCUUCCAAGCACCACCCUAUCUACUGCCGCUGUUGGUGGACCGUCCAACCUUUCGGCUACCACUUUUCCCAACCUGCCAAACUUCUCUGGUUACUUGGGUAACCCACCACCAACCAACACUCUCACAGCACCAUCUGUGGGUUACAUGGGUAACCCCUUACCCCCUGGUACUUUCUAUUCGGGUUACAUGGGUAACCCCUCCCAUGCUGCACCCUCCACGUAUACUCAAGGACUGCCGCCAUAUGGGCACAUGGGUGUCCAUCCUCCCUCUAUGCCACAGUCAUCCAUGGGUCACAUGAGUAACCCAGCUUUGCAUGGUUUCCCUCCACAGCCUAUCCCAGGACAUGGAAUGCCAGCUGCCUACAGUUUCUCGGCUGUAACUGCUCCUUCAGACGUUCCGGCGCAGUAUCCCCACAGCACUGCCCCAGCCAGAACACCUGCCCAGGUGUCUCAUGCCAGCCACCUUAAUCUUCGACUAAGACAGACACUGCAGUCUGCACUGACACUCAACACCAAUAGGACGUAUCAGCAGAUCGAACGACACCUUCAAGAGUUCUCCCACCUUACAGGACUAUGUGCCUUUCCUGCAGACGCCACUGUAACUGCUUUGUUCACCCAACAUUUAGCCGAGAAGUAUAGGGCAUCGUCAAUCAGAACUUACAUGGCUGCACUAAGCUACAAGUAUAAAAUGGACAGUUUACCAGACCCCACCAAAUCUUUCAUUGUUCAACAAACCUUGAAGGGUCUAGUGAGACAGAUGCCUUCUCAGGAUACAAGAUUACCCAUUACAGUGCCCAUCCUCCAUACCUUACUACAAAACCUGAGAUACUGCCUUCCAGAUUCCUAUGAAAUUUUAAUGUAUCAAGCGAUGUUCACAACAGCCUUUUUUGGCCUCCUACGCGUGAGUGAAAUUACAACGGAUGCGACCACUAAUCACACCCUGAAAGUGGAAAACAUUGACUGGGAUUACUCAAGCUCUGCAUUUACACUCCGGUUUACUUCCUUCAAACAUUCUGCGCCAUCUUCCAUUCAUAGAGUGCGGUUAGUUGCACAGCCGGUUAUUUGUCCGGUGAUUUCUUUGACCAACUUCCUACACAUACGGCCGACAGUAUCUAAUGCACCCUUGUUCAUACACCGCGACGGCAGUCCUGUUACACGGUCGCAAUUCACCAGAACCUUGGAUGCAUGCCUGCUUCAAUCAGGCCUGAACAGUGCUCGCAUACGGUCACACAGUUUCCGCAUUGGNGGGCGUCCAUAUUUGCGACGCUUAAUUGAUCUUACCAUGGGUGUUUCCAAAGCACAUCAUCAUAUACGUCUUAAUAAGGAGGUUCGAGCGGAUUUGAAUAUGUGGCGGACAUUCCUUCUCUCUUUCAAUGGCAGGGGCUUCUUCCAUGAGGAAGAGUGGACCAACCCCAAUGUAUUACACCUCUACACUGAUGCAUCUAGUACGAAGGGAUUUGGCGCCUGUUUUGGCAAUUUAUGGUUUUACGGACAUUGGCCUCCGGAGGCUGCCUCUUUGCAUAUCACGAUCUUGGAGUGUUAUCCUAUUGUUGCUGCUUUUUUGCUCUGGCAGGACCACUUCCGGGAUAAGAAAGUGCUUAUACAUUCUGACAAUGGGGCUCUCAUUUUUAUUCUAAACAAAUGUAAAACCAAAGAUCCAAUUUUGCUUAAACUUUUACGCAAACUAAUUCUCAUAUGUCUACAAAAGAAUAUUCUACACAAAGCGGAACACAUACCAGGAGAACACAAUACCGCCGCUGAUUCCCUAUCUCGUUUCGAUUUCCAGACGUUCCGGCGCAGUAUCCCCACAGCACUGCCCCAGCCAGAACACCUGCCCAGGUGUCUCAUGCCGGCCACCUUAAUCUUCGACUAA